AAUAAGUGUGGAGGUCAAGUGUUUGUCAUCUGUGUUUUACUGCUUUCAGUCUUUGAACCCUGGAGGGAUGCUGAAAAGACGUGAAUCACAGAGAAGAUGCUCAGAGGUCUGGUAGCUUGGAGUUAGAGCACAUCACACACACACACACACACACACACACACACACACACUCUGCCAGGUUCAGGGGGGCUGGAGAAAAACAAAGAUAGUAGGAUGUGUAGAAACACACUUUAACUGGUGAACAUAGAAAAAUAAACAUGGACAGAAGACAAAGAAAGCUUCUGCAGCUGCUGAGCUUUGCUGCUCUUCUUGCUUGCGCUCACAGCCAGUGUCAGCAAGGCUGGAGGGAGAAUGAGGGUAGAUGUUACUUCUUUUCAACUGAUAAAAAGUCCUGGAUGGAGGCUAACGCAUUUUGUUUGAAGCAGAACAGCAACCUGAUGAGCAUUCAGGACCUUUACGAGAGGUUGUGGGUGAGAACACAAAUCAGCACAGAUAUCUACUGGAUCGGCCUGAAUGACCAAGUCUCAGAAGGAGUCUGGGAGUGGACUGAUGGGAGUCCUUUUAUAGAAUACUUAUCAUACUGGAUGCCAGGCCAGCCUGAUAACUGGGGUGAUGAGCCUGGGGAGGACUGUGGUCAGGUGGUAGGAAGUGACUUUGGACAUUGGAAUGAUGAGAACUGCAAUGUUGAGAGGAAAUAUAUCUGCAAGCACAUCAACUCGAAUCCUGGCCCGACGUGUGACUUAGCUAACGGCUGGAGGCAGCACGGCUCCAACUGCUACAAGCUGAAGGCAGAGACCAGGAAGAGUUGGUCGGAGGCCAGACAUGACUGUGUGCAGGAUGGAGGAGAUUUGGUGUCCAUCACUGCAGCAGCAGAAGAGCAGUAUAUCAUAUCAACACUGGACUCCUCACAUUUGGACAUCUGGAUUGGGCUUUCCACACUGAAAUGCAACAAGAUCUCAUGUGAAGUCGAAGCAGGAAACAGUCAGUUUACCUGGUCUGAUGCUCUCAAUGUGAACUACACAAACUGGGCUGCCAAUGAACCUACAGUUGAUGCACAGGCUGGCUCAUGUGCUGCAUUAAUCAAAGAUGAAACAAAUGAAUUUGGGAAGUGGAAAACCCAUGUGUGCAGAUAUGAGCGUCCUUACAUGUGUAAACGACCUCUGAACACCAUCUGCUCUCCUGGCUGGAUGAGCUUCAAUGGCAGUUGUUACUGGUUGGUCAGUAAUAUCGAUCUCCUGACCACUUGGCAUGAGGCUCUCACCAAGUGCUCCGAUAUGGGGGCCCACCUGCUGAUUAUAAACAGUCAGGAAGAACAGUACUUCAUAAAUGCGAACCUUCCCAACUUUCACCAAGUGGGCAUUCCUGACAUCUGGAUUGGUUUAUCAGAUAGGGAUAAAGACGGGGAGUUCAAAUGGGUGGAUAAAACCGAGAUUGGAUUUUCCAACUAUGGUCCUGGUUGGCCCAUAAACACUGCAGACUUGUGGGACUGUGGACAAAUCUUCACAGGAAAUUAUGACGGCAAAUGGGAGACCACGAACUGCUUCAAGAACCUGGGUUACAUCUGUGAGAUGACAGGUGGACAGAGCCCCAAGCCAACUUCAGCUCCUGAUUCCCACUGUGAUGCUGGAUAUUUGCUUUAUGGAGACUUCUGCUAUCAGUUUGAGACUGAGGAGAUGAAGAACUGGCACGACGCUGAGGCUCAUUGUAACAAAGCGCAGGCUCACCUGGCCAGCGUACACUCACAGGAAGAACUGAGUUUCAUCAUGGGUCACAUGCCGAUUUCAGCCUGGCUGGGACUGAAUGAUAUCGGCGUUGAAAACCAGUUCGUUUACACUGAUGGAACUCCUGCAGACUUCCUCCCAUGGGGGCUCAACCAGCCAGACAACUGGCAGGACAACGAGGACUGUGUGCACCUCAGAGGCCCCGACCACCAUGACCCUGGGAAAUUCAAUGAUGAUUUAUGCACCUCCACAAGGGACUUUAUAUGCAAAAAAGCCAAGGGACAAGGACCUCCUCCCCAGCCUCCAACAUCUGGACCAGGAUGGAACGAGAAAUGUGGCUCUUGGACGCCUGACCCUUUCAACGACUACUGCUACCUGUUUAACUACCUGUCGAUGAGGACGUGGGCGGAGGCUCGAGCUGACUGUGUUAACCAGGGGGGAGACCUCGUCAGCAUCACCGAACCCUUUGAACAGGCCUUCAUACAAGGUAUAAUCCAUCAGAGUCCGACAGGGAUCUCUCUCUGGAUGGGCGGCCAUGACUCCAUCACUGAAGGCGGCUGGGAGUGGACAGAUGGUUCUCCUUUCAGAUACAUCCGCUGGUACACAGGCAACCCAGACAACUACGACGGUGAAGACUGCCUGUCUAUAUAUAUUAACAAUGGCUACUGGAACGACGACAAGUGUGAGCACAAAAGAGGAUACAUCUGCAAGCGAAGAGGAAAAACACCCGAGCCUCCUCCGCCUCAUGACGGUUUCAUGACAGCACUGGUGUGCCAGGACUCCUCUUCUGUCCUUCACUGCCCAGAGGAAAGUGUAAUUAACAUCCAGUCAGCUUUCUACGGACGAAAGAGUGAUGACAUCUGUCCCCACCUGGAUGGAUCAGGAGGAGGGAGCUGCACAGUGGAAGGUGUCCUUCCUUUCUACAGAAAGAAAUGUGACAACCGCCCCUUCUGCUUUUUAUACGCCCAUAUGGAGGAAGACCCCUGUCCCACUGUUUCCAAAUAUCUCGAGAUUGUCUACAGUUGUGAACAAAAAGUGUGUCUGCACGGCCUGGGUGUCGAGGACGGGAACAUCACAGACACCCAGCUCUCCGCUUACUCCUCCACUGGCCUCUUCACACCCGACAAAGCCCGUUUGAAUGGAGAUUCCUGCUGGAUGCCUUCGGGAAGCCCAACCUCAAACUGGAUCCAGGUGGACCUGGGCCAGAUCAGAAAAGUAACAGGAAUAGUAAUCCAGGGUUGUCCUCAAAAUGACAACUGGCUCACCAAAGUCAAGAUCCAGCACAGUAUGGAUGGAGUAACCUUUACUGACUACACUUCUGAUGGACAGUUUUUUCCAGGCUCAACAGACAGAAACACUCCAGAUACUCAGCUUCUGGGUACACCUGUGACGACUCAGUAUGUGCGCAUCAUCCCAGUCGAGUUCAACGGUCAGGCGGGCCUUCGUUUCGACAUCUUAGGAUGCACACCAGACUAUGCAAUCGCGUGCGCCACUAAGCCUGGCCUCAACUUUGGCAGUGAUAAAAUGACUGUCCAUUGUCCAGCAGGCUGUGCCAAGGAAGAUUACAUAGUGUACGGCACCACGGAAUACCGCGGGGACUCAAACAUCUGUGCUGCAGCUAUCCAUGCUGGAGUGGUACUGACUGAAAUCGGAGGAGAAUGUACUUUGUUGAAAGCCGAAGGACAGGACUUCUAUGCCGGCUCCACCAGGAAUGGCAUCACCUCACGACAAUAUGAUGGAAGCUAUCCUGUGUCUUACACUUUUGCAGAUGGGGAGCUGAGGUGUCCGGGACUUGACUGGUAUGAGUUUGGAGACUUCUGCUACAAACCAUUUGGAGACAAAAAGACAUGGCGUGAUGCCCAAAACACCUGCAGGAAUCUAAAUGCAGAACUUGUUUCCAUCCUCUCGAUGACAGAGCAGAGCUGGAUCGAAAGCUACCUGUACAUGGCCACCAGGGAUGUAUGGACUGGUCUGAAUGACCUGUUUGUGCCUGGUAUGUUCACCUGGUCUGAUGAACACAUUGUGACCUUCACUUACUGGGCUCCAGGGGAACCUAACAACCACGAAGGGUUCAGUGAAGACUGUGUUGCGAUGUUACACCAGACUGGCCGAUGGAACGACGUGUCCUGUACAGAACUCAACACGUACAUAUGCAAAAUGCCCAAAGCACAUUACCCAGUGCCUUCUGUGAAACCCACUGUGUACGGAUGCCCUCAGGGCUGGGAUGCAUACGGCUACUCCUGCUACUGGAUGGAGGAGACCGCCAGGAGCUGGUCGGAAGCUAAGGAAUUCUGUAAGGAGCAGGACAGCUUCUUGGUGCACAUUGGAGACAUUUAUGAGCAGUCACAUUUUACCGUUGAGCUGUCGGGGAAGACUGGUUUUUGGUGGAUUGGCCUGCGUGCUCGAGGAGAGGCAGGCGGAGGGGUGGACUACAUCUGGGACAACGGCUCACCUCUCACCUUCACUCACUGGGAUAAAGACCAGCCAGAUAGCGGGGAUGGCACUUGUGUGGCGAUGACGGCGGGUCAGAUUGGCGGUUUCUGGGAUGACAAACAGUGCUCAGAGAAAUAUAACUUCUUCUGUGAGAAAUCCAGGCCUGACAUCACCCCACCCACCAAACCCCCGACUCCUCCUCCUUCACAGGGCUGUGCAGAGGGCUGGACAGCUCUGCCUCACUUCAGAAACUGUUACAAGCUCUUCCAUAAUGUGGACUGGUCCCAGAAGAAGAGCUGGGAAAGAGCAUAUGAGGACUGUGUCGGCAGAGGAGCUAACCUGGUCAGCAUCCACAAUCAGGAGGAGGAGGAGUUCUUGUCUCUGUACAGCAAAGGCAGCAGCAAGUGGAUCGGCCUCAAGCACAACCCUACAGAAGGAGGUUAUUCAUGGAGCGAUGGCACACCUCUCUCCCACACCAACUGGGGUAAGGGGGAGCCCAACAACCACGAGGGCCGCGAGGAGUGUGUAGAGAUGGUGAGCGGCGCCAACGGGACCCACUCCUGGUGGAACGAUCUCAACUGUGAUGCUCACCAGGACUGGAUAUGCAUGAUUUCUAAAGGAAAGGACCCUAUCCUGCCCCCUGAGCCCCCAUCUCCUGCCCCAGCUCCAGAGUGCGGUACCAACCCUGGCUGGAGGAAGAACAACGACAUCUGCUACUACUACAACGACACCGACAUCGUGGACUUCCACACGGCCAUGAUGCGCUGCUACCACGAGAAAGCCAGGCUCGUCUCCAUCCUCAGCAAAAACGAACAGGCGUACGUUAACAGCAUGGUGGGGACAGGCCAGGUCGCCGCAGCUUGGAUUGGAAUGAGGGUGUUUGGCAUUGCAAAUGAGCAAUACAAGUGGGUGGACAACUCACCUGUGGCCUACACUCACUGGGCUACAGGUGAACCCAACAAUGCCAACGGGGAGGAACAGUGCGUUCAGAUGAACAGACAUCAAGGUGUAUGGAACGAUGCCAACUGUGGCUGGGCUGGAGCAGGUUACGUCUGUAAGAAGUUACCCGGAGAUGUCCACACCCCUCCUCCACCCACACAGCCCUGGGAGGGAUACUGCCCUGCAGGUUGGCUGCGUUUCAAGGAUAAGUGCUUCAUGUUCAAAGGGAAGAAAAACGACAUCAAAGCCAACUGGUCUUACGCUCGGAGUUGGUGCAAAGACCAAGGAGGAGAGCUGGCUGUUAUUGAUAACCAGUAUGAGAACGACUUUGUGUCUAGCUACCUGCGGGACAUGGAGCUCCCCACGUGGAUAGGUCUGUCGGAUCUCUUGGUGGAGAAUCAGUACGGUUGGAGUGAUGGGGUCAGCCCCGUGCUGUACACCAACUGGAACAACAAGGAGCCCAACAAUGCAGGAGGAGUGGAACACUGUGUCGCGAUCGCUCACCACCACCUGGUGAGCGGCAAAUGGAACGAUGACGCCUGUCAUAAGGAACACAGCUUCGUGUGCUACAGGAAGAAAUCAAGCAGCAUCGAUCCUCCACAACCAACCCAGAGCCCCUGCCCAGAUGGCUACAUCUCCUGGUACCUGAACUGCUACAAGCUGGUGGAGGAGCCGGCGACCUGGGACGCAGCUCAGACGGCCUGCCUGCAGCAGGGCGGCAACCUGGCCAGCAUCGACAUGAGCUACGACCAGGCCUUCAUCGCUGGAGUGGUCCUGCACGGCAAAUUUGACGCCUGGAUUGGACUCAGACGCAAGGAGGACGGCUCCUACAUGUGGACAGACGGAUGGCCCGUCUUCUUUACUCAGUGGGGACCGGGAGAGCCCAGCAAUAUCAAAGAUGAGGGCUGCGUGAGUAUGCACGGUUCACCAAUGUUCCACGGGACCUGGAACGACACCAGGUGUGACCUGGCCAAACCCUACAUCUGCAAGAUCUCCUCAGAGAAACCACCACCGACUCCUGCCCCCGGUGAUGGGAAGUGUCUGCCGUUCUGGGAACCCUACGGCCGCCACUGUUACUACGUGUACAACGGUCAGCAAGGUUUCUCCUGGCCCGACUCCCGUCACUACUGCCAGUCGAUCAAAGCAGAUCUGGUGUCCCUCCACAGCCGAGCGGAGGUGGAGUUCAUCAGGAGCAUGAACUACACCAAAAAUCACAACAUCUGGAUCGGCCUCACCAGGGACAACAACUUUGGCUGGGCCUGGACAGAUAAAACCUCUGUGGGCUUUCUCAAUUGGGCUCAAGGAGAACCCAAUGCAGCCUUCCAUCCCGGGGACGUGGCUGAAGAGAACUGCGUCGAGAUGUACCACGACGGACGCUGGAACGACAACGACUGCCUGCAGAAGAGAGGCUUCGCAUGCCGCCAUCGCCAGUACCAUACAACAGAUGAUGGUGGUAAUCCAGUUUUUCCCACUGAUUCACCCACUGAUGGUCCAAAUGUCAGUGGAGGGAAUGGUGGGUUGGUAGCUGGCGCUGUCAUUGCGGCCUUAGUGAUCUUCGUCCUGAUCGUUGGACUGCUGUACUACAUCUUCAGGGUCCGGGGGUAUAAAAUGAGCAGCUUGAGCCUGCCAACAAGAACAACCAGUCGCGUUGAUGUGCCUGCUUUCACCAACCCCAACUUCAUAGGAGAAUCAGACACAUAAAUACUCAUUCAAGUUUUGUACAGUACAUCAACUUUGAUACUUUUUAAAAAAAACAAAACAAAAAAAACAAAUCAGUAAUAUUGUCGUCUUCAGAGUAGAAGAUUUAACUCUAUUGUAAAUAUUGUAAUACACUAAUAGAAAUAACAAGUAUUAAAAGAUGAAACCCCAUCUCUUUGUGUUGCACUUGCAUGUCUGAAGUGCAGCAGUUAUUUUGUAAUGUUUACAGCAAUCAGUGACAGACUAAUUGAUGAAUGUUGUUCAUGUGUUAUUUACUAAAAUUUACCACCAAACAUCAAACUGUGUGAUUGUUGUCUUUGAGAGACUAAACAACAACAAGCUCAUUUUCAUCUCGUUUAUUCAUCUCUGUACACUGCAACACAAAUUCUUUACAUAAUUCCACGAAAGGAAAAAAAAAAGCAUCCUUCAAAAGUUUUCCAGUAAAUAACUAUUUGGACAUUAAAUGUAAACUUGCUGCAGAGAAAUUCAUAGAUGAAGCACCAACAGUCAAGGAUGAUGGAAAAAAAAAAGCCACAGGUUGGAAAUGACAAGACACCACAACACCAAAAAACAAAAAUUGAAUGAAAAAUUGAAGUUGAACAAUUUCCAAAUUUCGAAUGCCAAAAUGAGCUUGCGUGCAGUGCAGACAUUCGUGGUAAGAAACUAUGUAAAAAAUAAUCCCAAAUGUCAUGGCACUGAUGUCAUCGGCUCCUUACUUAAAAAAAUAUCAUUUAUGUGACAAAAUAAAGUUAGGAACACUUUGUGAUCCUCGUUUAGCCCUUUUAACGUGCACAUAAACACCGACCAAACUUACAAGCGAAACAUUUCAAAACCCAAUGGUACUUUUAUUUUUAAAUGCACUAAUCUAAAGCAAUGUUUCUUUUUCCACAUCACUGUUUUCAUACUGAUUAUUUUUGUGUCCCCUUUUGAAUCAAUAAGAAGCUGUGAUUUUAACACCUCACUGAAAAAAUUAUUAGAGCCAACAAAACUCAUUCUUCAUUGCUUAGGUUUAAUCAAAGUUACAAUAAACAAGAGUAAAGUCUGGCACAGUCCUGCCGGCUUCGGGAACCAUGGUCUAACACGCUGAAAUUAACUACAAAUGCUCAAAAAAGUGCAUUAUUUAGUUACCUUUAGUUUGGCCAUUUAUUCUACUCCCACAGAUCUAGUGAACAUUUUCCAGCUCAACAUUUCCUACUCAACUGAAGCGUGAGAAACACAGGAAAGUAGCUUACCGGUGCAAAAACAAAUAAAGGGAACACUACUGUAGUUUCAUAUCUGCAGAAAGACUGUGGUAGAUCCACUGUACAUAAAAAGUAACUCAAACUAACAGCCUGUAGAACCCCUACAUCCACCACUUUACUUUAGUUCUCCUUUUUUUUGUUCUUGCAAGUAGUCAAGUCGAUAAACCUCUUUAAGUAAGAUGUUCACUUUGACAUGAGAAGGACGCACAAGUGCAAUUUUUGUUUAACAGGGUGAAAAGAAUAAAAUCCAGUCUGCUUUGAAACUAGUCACUGCUUGUCAUCAGCGGCCAGCGAAACAACAAAAAACAAAAA